AUCGUAUCAUUGCAGUUAUAAACCUAUAAAAAUCAAUUAGAAUUUACUUUUUUUGCUUUUUUUUUUCUCUCACACAUCCCCCACUUCUCUCUGGUUUUGUUUUCGAUGCUACCGUGCUACAAACACUCCAACAAAAUACCUCUUUCCCGGUUCUCUCUUCUGGAUGUAAUCCUUCUCUCCACCACCUACCAACCAAGAUUGGAUACGACUUUCUAUGUACAUUUUUACCUGCUGAUUCCAGUUUUUUAUUGAGCCCCUAUUUACAAGAAAGUGGGAGGAACAUACAUAUUACCUGGAAGUUUGACUGACUGCAAUACAUUUUCAAGAUGGAGAUGGACAACAAGCGUACCAACCUGAUAAUUAAUUACAUCCCACAAACUCUUACUGAUGAAGAGUUUCGUUCUAUGUUUUUAAGCAUAGGUCCCAUCAAAUCUGCUAAAAUAGUCAGAGACAAAGCCACUGGCUAUAGCUAUGGUUUUGGUUUUGUUGAUUAUGAGAAUGUAGAAGAUGCUCAGAGAGCAAUGCAAACAUUGAAUGGACUUCAGAUGCAGAAUAAAACCAUUAAAGUUGCUUUAGCAAGGCCUGGUGGUGAGGAGAUCAAAGGGGCUAAUUUAUAUGUUAGAAAUCUUCCUAGACAUUACCAGCAGAUGGACUUGGAACGUCUUUUUCAGCAAUUUGGAACAAUAAUACAGUCAAGAGUUUUGACAGACCAGGCGACUGGUGUGUCAAAGGGUGUUGGUUUUGUUCUUUUUGAUCAGAAGAAGCAAGCUGAGGAAGCGAUAAACCAAAUAACUGGCACAGUUCCUGCUGGUGGUACAGAAGCUCUACUUAUUAAAUUUGCUGAUGACAAUGCAAAGAAGGUACGUCCCCCUGCAAUGCCCUACAUCAAUACUGCUCCAUGCUUCCCAGCACCUGGUCCAAUGAGAAGUCCUGGCAAUAGAUUCCGUUAUAAUCCAGUGACAGGCAAUUACUCAACACCUAACUCUGGUUUGAGCCUCUCUCAGGGAGGAUAUGUUAUUUUUGUAUACAACAUUGGAGCCAGUUCUUGUGAAAAAACCUUGUGGCAAUUAUUUUCUCCCUUUGGAACAGUCCAGAAAGUCAACAUCAUGAGGGAUCACCAAAAGGGACAAUCUAAAAAUUAUGGUUUUGUUACAAUGACCAAUCUUCAAGAGGCUCAGAAUGCAAUUGCACGACUUAAUGGCUAUGAUUAUGCUGGUUGUGGUCGACCUCUGCAAGUGAAGUUCAAGAACUAGUGAUUUCUAGGAAAUUCCCCUUAUUUUUAAAAUAACAUUUUUUUCUGUAAAUCCCUCCCAUUACAUUUUUUUUUCUUAAUCAUUAAAUUUUCAUGCUGAAGGACAUACAUUAUAGGUUUUAAAAAAGCCAUGAAAUAAAAUGUUAUGGUGUAUCCUGGGAUUUCCCCCUUCCCUUUCCUUCCUCUCAUUUCCCAUUUAUUUUUUUUUUCUCAUGAGUUUUUUUUUUCUCCUCCUCUCAUAUUUUUUUUUUCUAUUUCCAUAAUAAACCCUUGUCAUUGCAAAAAAAAGAAAAGAAAAAGAAAAAACAAACUCCAGUCAACAUUGACUGGAGAUUUAGUUUACAAUUUAUUGCUAUUUACUGUAAACCAAAUAGGUUUUACUUGUUGAAACAUUUUAUCAAAAAUACAUUAUGUAUCUUAGAAAACAUAAAUCGCUUUUAGCGAAGUAUUUUUUUUGUUUGUCUUAAUUUUCUCUCUGUCUAUCAGAAUUAGCUAUGAAAAUGUUAUCACUGAGCACACUCAAAACAAUCUUUACUGCACAUGAAAGCUGUCACUUGUCUUGAUUUAAGCUAAUAUCCUCAUUAUCCCGGUAUGCAUUUUUUUUUUUUAUAAAUUUCAUAAGGUCCUAAUAGCUUUAAUAUGCAGUAACAAUAUUUACUGUUUUUGAGUUGUUCAAUUGUUUGCUUAGGGUUGUGUGAGUGUUUAUAUUUGUGUUUUGCCUGUGUGAAGUUUGUGUACGAGACUUUCUUUUUUUUUUCCAAAUACUUGUGUAAGAUUUUUAAAUAUUUCAAAGAAUAACUGAAUUGUUGAAAAAUAAACUUCCAUGCCUAGUUUAAUUUUUAAUAAUUUUGGUUAAGAGUUGUUAUAUAUUUAUAUAUAUAUUAUGUAAUAUAUUUAAAUUCACUUGACUAAAACUUUACAAAAUUUCUAAUUAAAUGCUUGAUAGGUAGUGCAUCAGUAAGUUUUUUUAAUUUUACAACUAAAGAUAACAGCUGCUUGCUUUAUAUUUGGUGAUUAGUUAGGAACUAUUUCUAACCAGAUACACGAUAGUGUUAAAGAUAUAUUAGCCAUAGGAUUUAUUUAAGAAAAAAAAUUGGGUAAUGUAAUUUUAAUUGAAAGAAUUUCCAUUUUAUGUUAAAAGAAAUAGCUCUGGGAAACUGUUACAUUAAAUAUGCUGUUUUGUGAGCAACCUAUCCAUCGAGUAAAAAGUCAUUGGGAGGGAAAUAAGCUUCCAUCGACCAGGAAUGCCAGUUUCUGUUUCCAGUUUUUUUUUUUACCAUUAACGAGAUGAAUGAAGACAUAAAAUAUUCCAAUGAAGAUUCCAAUUUAUCCACCAAGAUCUUCCUGUAAUUGUUUGGAAGACUCGAUUAGUUUUGAAAUAAAGAACUAUGUUUAUUUCUGUGCAGGGUUACGGAAGAACCAGAGGACCACAUGGUGUUUACCAUUCUCAUCAGAGAUAAAAGUCUUAAAUCAUGGUCUGGGGGGACAACAUAAAAUUUGGAUUUUCUUUUUAUUAAUGGAUUAAUUUCAUUUCACAUUUGAUGUUUAAAGAUAACCAAAGAAAAUAUCGUAGACCAAAGAGAUGAGAUGUAACCAAAGAGAUGAGAAAUCUUAUUGAAUAUAAUCAGCAAAGAAAGUUUUUCGUUUUUUUUUUUUUAAUACAUUUAAUGCAUUUAUGGUCAAAUUAUUUUCAUACCUCUCAAAACAUGAGAUUCCAUUUUAAUUUUGCAAUCUCUGGUUGACAUUAGAAAAUAAAGUAAGCACCAUUUUGAUUUGUGCUAUUUGAAAGUUUAA